CCUGUCAGCCUGAGGAUGCUGUAGGGUUUGGCUGGAUGUAAGAGCUGCUGCUGCUGCCCGGAGAGAGCUGGGGAGGGGAGGGGUGUCCAAGUGUGACUUUCACCUCCUGCAGAGGGUUGUCUCUGAAGAAGACUGCUCUGCUCUCUCCCCAGAGCCUCUCCGAGCACUCUGCCAGCACAGACCCACCGCCAGAGAGAACAGGUCAAAGGCAUGCCAGCUUUUCCAUGAUGCCUGGCCAGUAACAUCAGCCAUGACCUGGAGGGACAGGGACAAGAGGUAGUUUGGUCUUCUUAGCGAGGUCAGCCCGGAGCUCUGCCCGUUGAGGAGAGACCUUCAGAGGUGUUGAAUGAUGAGUGUGAUAAUGCCAACUCCUGCUGCUCUGUGGUGAGCUGUGACGCCAAACUCAAAUCACUGUAGACCUGAAGCUGGACUUAACCUGCGGUCCUGGUCUUAGAAGGAAAUGCUGUCUGUCCUCUGUGAUCAUCCCUCAACUCUGAACAUCUUCCAUUGAAAAAUCGACCUUCCACGCUAGGAGGCGAGGAUCAAAUGGGUUGAGAACAACUGGCCCUCCUUUUUGCUGAGGAAUCUUUGAUAUAUUUUUUAAGUGCCAGGACAUGAAACAGUAAAUCCCUCCUUCCUGCACUCCUGCCUCCUGCAAACAGCCCCGACUGCUGCCCGAGCCAGCCAGUUAAAGGGUUAACUAUAACUGGAUGCCUGAAUGGCUGCCUUACUGAUCCCACGGAGGAACAGAGGGAUGAGGACUCGCCUGGGCUGCCUGUCUCACAAAUCAGACUCAUAUAAUGAUUUCACAGCUAUUCUUCCGGACAAGCCCAACCGGGCUUUGAAACUGUCAACAGAAGAAGCAACGAGAUGGGCAGACUCUUUUGACGUUCUUUUGUCCCAUAAAUAUGGGCUGGCAGCUUUCCGUGCUUUCCUGAAGACUGAGUUCAGCGAGGAAAACCUGGAGUUCUGGCUCGCCUGUGAGGACUUCAAGAAGACCCGCUCAGCAGCCAAGCUGGCCUCCAAGGCUCAGCGGAUCUUUGAGGAGUUCAUUGAUGUGCAGGCUCCUCGAGAGGUGAACAUAGACUUCCAGACACGGGAGCUGACAAGAAGAAAUAUGCAGGAGCCCUCCCUCUCUUGCUUUGACCAAGCACAGGGGAAGGUGCACAGCCUGAUGGAGAAAGACUCUUACCCCAGGUUCCUGAGAUCCAAAAUCUACACAGACCUGCUGUCUCAAACCCAGAGGAGGCUCAGCUAGAGCAGCGAUGGGCCCUCAGAAACCACGUGCUUCCCACAACAACCAGAACCCAUGUCUAAAUGUGAAACUUUCUUGGUGUUAAAAGCAGUGGGAAUGAGAAAAGAGGGAGAAGGGGAGACUUCCAGGAUGUGAUCCAGAGGUGGCAUUAGAAUUCUCUGAGUUUCUGUGGGGUUUUAUUCAGUUAGCAGUAGCAUCUCGCUGUUGUUGCCUCUCUCUAGCACAAACCCAUAAUCCUCUCUAGUUACAGGGCCAUCUGUUGGGAAGGCCGUUUUCCUUUGAAAUUACUACGUCGGUUUGUGUGUAAAUAACGCCACUGCACCUUUCCAUCCUUCCAGACAUCUCCCUGGCUCUCAUCUCUCCCUUGUGCUUGGAAAGACCCUAAGGACAGUUCUGAAACUUGUGAAGCCAAGUCCAGUCCGAAGUAUUGUCUCCCACGCUGACUGCAGGGGACUGGAUCCAGAGACUGUGAGGAGGGGGAGAGAAGGCAAAGGGACGUGAUCCAUGCUGCUUCCCAGAGCAGAAACCAUCAGCAAACUCAGUUUACCUUUCCAUUUUGGUUGCACACCUUAUGACACCAUCUGCCACCCUUUUACAGCCUCUUAUCUUCCAGGGCUGGAGACUUAAAGUUAUUUUCCAUACAACUGUCAAGGAGCUGAGUAUUUCUCAUGAGGAAGGUAUUCUCAAAAGCUCCCACUAGACCUGGUCAGGCAAGUAUUCUAGUGCAAAUGAUUGUUUUUCAUUAUUAUUAAUUUAUUUGUACUGUAGUUCAGCCUCAGGACCCCAGUCACCGUUCAGGCUUCAUUAUGCUAGGCACCAUACCAAAACCUACAUAAGUAGUCUCCUGGCAGCCGGAGACUUGGUGGCUUCUUGGGAACGACCUCCUGGUUGUUGGGAAAGAGUGGAGAGAAGGAAUGUCGUAUCUGCCCCAUGCUGAGACGCAAGAAGAGCACAAGACCUGCCUGCUAGGGCAGACAUCAUUUUUCCUGUAGUACCUGACCAGCACAUGGCAGGGAGAGGUAACAUGAAAAUCGCUAUUAUAUUUUUAUUUACCCGUUAUUGACUGUUGUUACCUACCGAUUGUCCACUGUGGGUUCAAUGCUGUGUAAAAACACUAAAGACACAGACCCUGCUGCAUGGUGCUUGCUUAAAAACAGGACACAGGGAAGCGUGCAGUGAGCAGAACUAGUUUUGGGUAUGAAGAGGUGUGUGAAGUGUACUUCGACCCUAUUCCCGUAGCCUGAAGAGGCUGCUGCAGGAGUAGACUCUGUGCAGAUGUCAGUUGUGUAGCACCUCCUCUGUGCUGUGCAGUAAUACUUACCGUAUGAAGGCCCCCUUUCUAUGCCAUUGCUUUUCCAGCUUAUCAGCUGUCAGAUUCUUGCAAUAUUUUCUAGUGGAGAAGCAGACAGCCUGUCCGUGGAUUUGAGCCUACAGACCAGAGGUCUAUUUUCUUAGCUUUAUAAAGGCCUGGAAAGUGACCCCAUGGAUCUUUUCCAUCUCUCCGUCAUCCAGAGAUCAGAGGCUGUAAACCUCCGCUCUAGUUGAGGGCCAUGGGUAGGUUUGAUACAUCAGAAAGGUUUAAUGUAAUAUGAUGUAAACUAGGUAGACUGAAUUUUAAAGCCAAGUAUAAUGUGUUCGGAAUGAGAUACAGAAAUCCUGCUUGGAGAUUAAAAGUUACUUUCCUUGCGUUAGGUAGGAAGCAGGUUUUGAGGCCUGUUGCAAGGAUGCAGUGCAGGACAUUAGGAUAAAUAGGUUUAAGGACAAGAUAGGGAUGAUAAGCGUGUUUGUUUUAUUUUGGAGAUGUAUUCUUGUGGUCUCUAAGAUGCUAAAGUCUAAAUAUGGUGCAAGCACAAAAAUCACGUUCAGCAGGGCAACCUGCUUUUUCAGUACCUGGUUGGUUGGCUCUAGACUUCUUCAGUUGCUUCGUAGGAAAAGAUCAGUGAAAUGUUGGUACUAGAAAGUGCCCCGGAUUCAUCCAAGGGGUCUGCAUCGUGCAGCCGCUCACGUAGCCGUGAGUUUAGCUGCUCAUGGGCUCAUAGCUUUAUGGCAAAAAGAAAAAAAAAAUAAAGGUAGCUGGCAAGAAGGUCUGACGGGAAAGGCGUCUGGGGCAAAUUUGCACAAUGCUCUGGGAGGACAGAAGCGAAGGAUAUGGAGCCGUGCAUCCAUUGGCUGUCUCUGGUGGAAUCAGGCUGUACCAAGUGGAACAGAGUCACAUCGCCUAUAGAGCCCCCUCCUGCUAUAAGUGAAAGGGACAGAGGAGGGCAAAUCAUCUCACACGGUGAUGAAACACUCUCAAUGCUUGACCUGCAAGGAGAAUGCAAAGCCACUGACUGUGAGGAGGGGCUGGAAGAACUUUGGGAGAUGUGCUAUGUCUGCUACCCCUCCAUAAGACAGGAUGGACUGGGAUCUCUGAGGGGCACAGGCUGCCUUGGCUGAAAUAGUUCCCCCUGAGGUGGCCUGUGGUGCCAGUUGUACCUGCAAAAUGGCACAGCGACAAAUGAUCCAAUCCCUGCAACACAGCAGCUCAGCUUCCCAAUGCUGUGGCAUCAAACAAGCUUUGUGGCAAGGGAUGAAAAGAGGCCACCUCAUCUGGCUCUGCCUUCCUCCCUUUCAGCCUCCCCUUGAGUGGAUGUGCAAAAAGCACUCCAGCGCUGCCAGGGAUGUGAGAGACAGCAGCAGCAGGCUCGUGCAGUCAUUGUAUUCAAAGAGAAGGCAGAAUGCCAACAUAACUGCCUUGCGGUGUUUCUCUCAAAGCCACCUAUACAGCUUCGGAGUGGGCUUAGAUGAUGCUGACCUUUAGUGCCAGCAAAUGCAUCCCAGAUAAGGCUUUUCAGCAAAGUGCCCCGCAGCCACCCACGGCGGAGGGUCGCAGGGACAACCAGGCAAGGAGGGAACAGCAGAAACAAGAUGUUUGUGUUGAGGAGCUAGGAAUCGAAAGUCAGAAGCGAGGACAAUUCCCAUGCCUCCCUGAUGACUAGAAAGGCUGGUUCUGUUCAGGGUGUCAUUCCAGAAAGCCCAGGAGCUAACGCCUCUCAGCAAACUCUUCCAGUGUCGGCGCUGGCAUCCUUUCACUUGAUAUCAGAAUUCAUCGAAAACCUUCAAAGUAGCCAACACCCUGUAACAAACAGUCUCCUCUGUCAACGUGGGGAAUUGCUUUGAGCAGAUGCAUUCAGAGAUGCCACUGCUGCAAUGGGGACAGGAACUGUAUUCGCACUGACCGAUACAGAAAUGUUUUGCCCAUUAAAUUGGUGUCAGCUAAUACCCUCCACAGGAAACAUCCUGGAGCACAGAGUGGAGAAAAAGUGUUGUCUGAAGCAUAUGAGUCUAUCACAGUUAUUUUUGUUGCUGCUCUUACAGUUUGUGUUGCUCGCAGGAAAGCAGGCUAGUUAUUUAAAGUAAUUUUUCUUUUUUUUUAAUCGAGAAAUUGGCACCAGCUGCUUCUUUUAUGCCAAAUGUCAGUCUGAAGUGAAUUCAAAUAGGCAGCUUAUAGCUCUUCCUCUUAAACCAGGGGCUGAUUAAGGAAAUAAUGACUGAGCCAAAGCUUUGGAAAGCACUGAGUGAUGACUAAUCCCCAUCAAGGACAAAUAUCCUAUCUUUGAUUCAUCUCUUACUGAUGUGAAAGGGAUAUUCAUCACUUACAAACCCAUUUCCCCUCUACAGAAGCACACACCUCCAAAAUUUUGCUCCCGUUUCAAGAAAUGUCAGUGUGCCAUCACAUGAAGAGAGGAAAAAAUUGUUUUGCUCAGCUCUUUUUAUUCCUCGAGUUUGCUGGCAGCAUCCAGGCAGCUCCCAAGUCCUUUGACAGCAAAAGGGAAGAAGCCUUUUCUCUUAAGCUUCAGAUGUUAUUAACUCCAGAAGCAGAUGCAGAACCCAAAUCUGCUUUGAGUUUCUCUUGCUUUGGCCCAUCAGCCAGGUUUGGGAUGAUUUCUAUCACUUUUAGUGGACUUGUUAAGGUAUCCAUGGGUCCCUGCCCCCGCCACUGGGACGAGACGAAGUCCCGCUAGUCUGAGCAAGGGGGGAUAAAUGGGUGUGUGUGCCUGCGGGUGUGGGUGGGUGAGAGUGCAUGUGACUUCAUGUGUGUUAUUUAGUGUCUCCUACUAGAGAAGCUUUUCUGAGACAUAGACGUGCAUGUUAAGAUAGGAGAAUUAGGCAUAAAUGACAUAAAACGAGACUUUUAGCCAGUGUUGUGUUUGCCUCGUGUGUAAGUUUGACUAGUAAUAAGAGAUGUAAAACUCUGCUAGGCUUCCAGUUACCUAUAAGAGCACAUGUAUCAAAUUGAACUGAAUGUUCACUGAUAGACACAAAACCAAAAUGUUUACAGCAUUCAGAGCAAUAGCAAAGCAUACCUCAUGCCAGUCCUGGAGUGCCUCUCACCCGUCAGCACAAGCUCCUUCCACCCUGGAGGCCUCUUGCUUCUCCCUCCAAGCCCUUCUCUCCCUCUCAGUCCUGUCCUUGUGGUCUUCCUUCCUCCUCCUCCUCUUUAUGGUUUCCUCCCUGAAGCACUCACUUAUGCUUCCUCUCUACCAGCACUGUUUGUCCCCAUAUGUCCACACCUGGGUGUCACAUAACCUCCCCCCACGCCCUCCUGUUUGCAUACCUUUCAUCCCCAUCAAUCUCCUCUUUCUUCUUUGCCUUUUACUUCCCCAGACACUUGUUUCUGGUCUUGCCAUCUCCUACAUCCCUCCUACUGUUACUAUUAAGCUCCUAGUAGCUAUUUCUUGCCCAUUAUAUAAGAAGAAAAUGCUUCACAUAAUUUCUGCAUUAUCUUUCGUUCCUGGGGCUGCCGCAGUUGUCUUCUUCCUUGGUACUGUGUUUUCUCCAGCACUGAAGCUCUGUAUCACAGAACUGGAAUUAAAGUACAUUUUGCUGCUAGAUCAGAAUGCUUUUCUCUACCACGCACUCCUUGGGCUUUGCAGAGGCUCAUCUUGUACCCAGUGUCGUGUCUUCUUCCAUCCACACCCCACGUGCUGCGCUCAUGGCAGGGGCUGGCUAGUUGAGAGGGCACGGAGGCAGCGGCUGCUUUGGCAGGGUCACAGCUGUGCUUCCUCUUGGCUGUCAGAAACAACAAAAAAAAAGAGUGUAAAUAAAGGUGUGUGUAUUGUAUUUGCUUAGUAAAGUCAGUCGUUCUGCUCUGUGCCUCUUCUUGAUUUUACUGGAGGGUCAUAUCUCUAAUUUGAGGCUGCAAUAAACUCAACUGGUGUUCUGAGAAUGAAGGCGUGGGAAGGAGGUGGCAAAAGGGGUUGAGCUUAUUACUGUAAAAAAACCAAAUGUUACUGGUGAAAAGGCACAGAAGAAAAGGCAAUGCCUCCUCCUGGAGGGAACUGGUGUACCAGGGAGGUGUGGGGACCAGGUGCAGUGUGAAGCGCUUGUUUCCAGUAGACCCAGAACUACCAGUUUGCAUCACGUGCUGCACGCCUCAGGCUCGAUCUAAAAUGUGGUGGACGAGGAGCUGCUCAGCUUUGCAUUUACCGUGUAGAUAAUGGCGUUAUCCUGAGAGAAAUGUCUGCUGGUUUCUCUAUCGCUGCCUGCAGGCACCAGCUAAAAAGCGAUGAGGGGAAGGAGACGUCUUAUGUUGUGUUUACUUAUGCAGUCUGUGGGAUUACGGAUAACGGAGAGAGCAAGGCACAAGUACUCCCUAGGGCAGAACCCUCUUCCUAAAACACCCACGAUGAAAGUACCUCAUCCUUCUAUAACCUCCCACCCCUGUCCUCUACAAGCAACCCAAAUGAGACACACGGCGUUCAGAUCAUUCUUUAAGCUCUAAUACCUCCAUCUUUGGGGGAUGGCAGUGUCCCACUAGCAGGAAGAGGCCUUGAGGACCUCACUUCAAACCCAAGCUCCGGAUAAGGCUUUGAAAUAUUAAAGAUGUCUUGUUCCUUGGGAAACAUGCUUGUGGGUGGCUCAGAAGAGAUUUAGGAGGGCAUUAAUGUAUGGAGUGAACUCAGGAGUGAGUCACCUGGUACCUGGGUAGAAAGACCAGCUCUUUUAAGACCUUCUCUAUGCCACAUUUUUAGUUUAAUUAGGUCCUGAUGCUUUAACUGCCUCCAGAAUGUGCUGCUGGGGUGGGUACAUAACAGUGGGAGCUGUUUGGGCAGCACUCAGGUGGUUCAGUCAGAUUCCUGGAAAGGCAUGAGUUCGGGUUUGCUUGACAUUCCCUCUCUAUUAGCCGCUCGUUUGCUAGGCUCACCUUCUUCUAUGAGGUUGGAGAAGCUCUUCAGUCGUUCCAGAAGUCCAACUGGCUAUCGUAUUCCCCCGGAGUCAUGUCAUUGCAUUGCAAAACGUUACUCACCUGUACUGUA